UCGAUCUGUUUGUCAUAAAACAAAAUAGAUUUAAAAAAUGCUUUUCUGUGUAUUGUUUGCUGUUGAUCUACAACUAUGGACAAACCCCUGGUGAAAGAACUUAAAUGGGUUAUUGAAGAUUUGGAGGAGGACACAGGAAAAGAUGUCUAUCGCCCAAACAUCAGGAGAGUUAAGAAAAUCUCCCUUCCCCAGUCACCCAGAAGCAAGGUAGUGAUGACCCCUGUAGUCCCUAUAGCUCCUGGGGAACUGGGCUCCCCUGGGAUCAGUGGUGAUGAGGAGGCCACAGAUGGGAAGGAGAAACCAUCCAGUGUCAGGAAUCGGCAUGAGCAAGCCAGAGCAAUGGCGGAUGCAUUCACUGAAGAGUUCCACUCUGUCGUAGAAUAUCUUGGAGAGAUUAAGAAUCUCAGAAGGAGCUUUAUCCGACGACCGUCAUUAUUCUACCCCACUGCCAAUGAAAAUGGAUCCCCCCUCGUCUCUGCACCAUCAGAAAAGGCCCUGAGGCAGAGCUGCUUUUCACAACGUAUAAGAACAACCAAUGGUGACAUCAUACAGACAUGUUCAGCAUCAUCAGCCCCUCCAAACAUCCCCAAUUUUGUCAAAAAGAGCCGUGAGUCCAAAGCUGAGUUAUCCAGAGAUGACGCCAAAAAGAUGUCAAAGAGUAAAGUCAAGCAAGGCUUUCACCACCUCACCAAGUGUCUGACUGGACUGCUGAACACAAAGAAUGACCAUGCUGGAGAUCAACCAAUUGCACAAAUUGUGAGACCAUCUGUUUAUAAAAUAAAGGAUAACAAAAAAUGA